AUGGGUCACGUCUCCCUUGUCUCUGCCAACCUCGCAUCCGUGUUCUUCUCCAGCUAUCUCUAUGGGAUUUUCUUCAUCCUCUUUUGCGCGUCCAUGUAUUUUAUGGCUCGGCGUCACAGCGAGCUCAGUGCUGCCGGUUCUAUUGUGAACAGGUCCGCAUGCAAGGAUCCACUGUUUAUUGGUGGGGUUGGCUUCUUUAUCACCGUGACUGCGAACUGGAUAAUCAUCGUUUAUCGAGCAUUUAUGGCCUUCGUACACCACAAGAAUGGAACAAUGCCGACUGAGUACUAUAAUAUAAUGAACGCGUCCGAAAUAGUCAAAACCGCCAUAUGGCUCUCGGCGUUGGUUAUAAGCGACGCAAUAAUUAUUUAUCGUCUUUGGGUAAUCUGGAAUCGGAACAUACAUGUCAUUAUCUUCCCUGUAUCCGCGUUUCUUGGCAGCGUUGUAUGUUCUGUGGCUGUUGUUUAUAAGCUAGCGCGGUUCCAGUUGGGUCGGAGUAUCUUCGAUACAGAUGAAGUUGAUGCCUGGGUUGAAAGUGACUGGGUCCUUACUAUGUGUACGAACCUUUUUUGUUGUGUGUUCAUAGCCUGGCGACUAUGGCGCAUUCACAGUCGAGCUCUGCCUUUCAUAGAGCGGCCACAGAGUCGUGGUCUGUAUUGGAUCCUUGCAGUCUUCAUAGAGAGUGCUGCGCUUCACGUAGGAUGGACCAUUUUGUUCAUGGUCACCUACGAGACGGACGCGAACCUCGGGUUUUUCAUUGAGGACACAUGGCCACCCGUCUCCGGGAUUGCCUUCAUGCUCAUAAACAUCCGCGUAGGCAUGGGCUAUGCGAUGCACGCGCAAUCGUCCUCCCAGUUGCCCUCGCAGUACCCGCACAAAUUUACUUACCCGACGCUAUCGGCGGUGGACCAUGAUAUGGAGGAUGAAGCUCAGCUCUCGGAUACAAUGCUGUUGUCGAAGAACACUACCGGCGCUGCUAGUAUCGCAUCGUCGACUGCUGUCUAA